UGUGCGACUAGCGUCCACACCGUCUCUUUUUCCUUUCUCCACAAGUCUUCUCAGGUCGACCUUCCUUCGUCCCAACUAAUUUGAUCCUGAGGAACAUCAGAACUACCUUAUAAGAGGUCGGAAAAUGAGAGAAAUUGAAGAAAGAAAUCGCCCCCGCUCCCAAUUCUCGCUUCAAAAAUCCCGACGAUAGGUUCAAAGAAUCGAUAAAAAGCCCCAGAGAAGGGAAAUAACGAAAGGGAAAAAGUAAAGAGAGACUUUUUAUGUUAGCUAGGGCUUAGGCGAUAUUUCUAUUAGAAGGAGAGAUGCAGACGGAGGCCAGAGGCGCCGGUGGCGGACUCGCCGUCGACGGAGGAGCCCGUCGGUGCUCCGCCCACGACCACCAGCGGAAUCAGCAGCAGCAACAGCAGCUGGGGACGGCGUCUCAUCUCUUGGCCGGAGGAAUCGCCGGCGCUUUCAGUAAAACUUGCACCGCUCCGCUUGCUCGCCUCACGAUUCUCUUUCAGGUUCAAGGCAUGCACUCUGAUGCUAGAACUCUAGGCAAGCCUAGCAUAUGGCGUGAGGCUUCUCGUAUUGUUUAUGAAGAAGGUUAUAGAGCAUUCUGGAAAGGAAACCUGGUUACUAUUGUGCAUCGAUUACCUUACUCCUCUAUCAGUUUCUAUGCUUAUGAACGCUAUAAAACCAUUCUGCAACUUGUUCCUGGGCUAGACAAACCUGGAGAUUAUGUGAGUGCCGAUGUUUGUGUGCGCUUGUUAGGUGGUGGUUUGUCGGGAAUAACCGCUGCCUCUAUGACAUACCCACUAGAUCUUGUGAGGACACGUCUUGCAGCUCAGACAAAUUAUGUAUAUUACCAAGGAAUUUCUCAUGCACUAUGUUCCAUUUGCAAAGAUGAAGGCAUCAGAGGAUUAUAUAAAGGACUUGGAGCUACAUUGUUGGGUGUUGGACCUAGCAUAGCGAUCAGUUUUUCUGUUUAUGAAACUCUUAGGUCAUAUUGGCACGUAAAAAGGCCUUCAGAUUCCGCAGUCUUGGUUAGCUUGGCCUGUGGAAGCUUUUCAGGCAUAGCAUCAUCGACGGUGACUUUCCCAUUAGAUCUUGUGAGGCGGCGGAUGCAAUUGGAAGGAGCAGCAGGUAGAGUCUGUGUCUACAAAUCAGGCUUGUUUGGGACAUUUAGGCACAUAAUUCGAUCCGAAGGUUUUGGUGGCUUGUAUAGGGGUAUCUUGCCUGAGUAUUACAAAGUUGUUCCUAGUGUUGGCAUUGUCUUCAUGACUUAUGAAACAUUGAAAUCACUCCUUUCGGGCUUAUGAACAUUGGACAAAAUCUUUUUCAGUGCUCAGAAUUUCCAGAUAUUGGCUAUCUUUACUCUUUAUACCAGAUGAUCGUGUGACUAAGAGGCACAGAUUAGAAGAGUUUUACUUUUACAGCAUCAUGGAUAUAUAUGGUGGCAGCUUUUGUAACCGCUGCCAGUAGUAUGUUGGCAUUGCUUGUACAGAUACAUCUAACCUCAAAAAUAUAUUCGGGACCAUGUAUCAUACAUUUUUUCUUUUAAUUUAUUGGCCACCAUACACAAUUGUAUGUCACCUUUUGAUUCUUUGAUAAAAAGAUCAAAUAUUGUUCUAGCUUCGAUUCA